UAAGCUCCUCCCCCUCGUGUGCGGGCUGCUUUAAUGAGAGCUGCAGUGCCAACUGAGAGCACUGCAAACACACAACCUUCAUGGAGCUGAGAGGACUCACAUAUCCAGUCAGCAUGGAAGCCAACAUUGUCGUGAUGGGCACCGAGAGUGUGGGAAAGUCAGCUCUUACAGUUCGCCUGCUGACAAGAAGAUUCAUAGGAGAGUAUGGAGACAUUGAAUCCAUCUACACUCACAGAUUCAUGGUGGACGGGAGGGAAACUGCUGUCAAUAUUUGGGAUUCGCCUUAUUCCGAGACGGCGCUCUUGGAGAGAAAAGUCCGGUGGGCCGACGGCUUCGUCCUCGCCUACAGCAUCUGCGACCGCGCCAGCUUCACCGCUGUCACCCGCCUGCUCCACGCCAUCAAAUCCUCCAGAGGAUGCCCGCACGGCGACAGGGCGCCCGUCGUGGUCGUCGUGGGCAACAAGCGCGACCUCCACCACCGGCGGACGGUGCUGAGCGAGGAGGGCCGCCUCCUGGCCCUGGACGCCGGCUGCCUCUUCUACGAGGUGUCGGCGGCAGAGGACUACCACGGCGUUUUGGCGGUCUUCCACGGCCUGCUGACUGGGGUGAAGGACGCCAAGUUGAGCGCCAAGAGGCCGUGCACGGGCCUCAAGGGCAUCGUGAAGAGCGUGUCCGCCGUAUUCGCCAGACGACGGACUGACUCCAUUUGAGACACUUGUUGGGGCGCCACAGACAUCUUUUACCACCAGAGCCUGAAGACACGAGGAAACAGAACAUUAAACACGUGACCUUUGACCGGACAUACUAACUCCAAAUGCAACAUGUAUUAUGGUUCUGUAUUUUGGACAAAUAUUGGGGAUCUUUCAGCCCCUCCACAGCCGUAAUAACAACAUUUUUAAUAAUGUUUUCCAUUAAGUUACUGUAUAGGAGCAUGUGCAGGUGUACCUAAUGCAGCGUCCAGUGAGUCGACAUGAACGAUAUCAUAAUGUGUACCUAAUGUAGCGUCCAGUGAGUCUACAUGAACAAUAUCAUAAGGUGUACCUAAUGUAGCGUCCAGUGAGUCGACAUGAACGAUAUCAUAAGUACCUAAUGUAGCGUCCAGUGAGUCGACAUGAAUGAUAUCAUAAGGUGUACCUAAUGUAGCGUCCAGUGAGUCGACAUCAACGAUAUCAUAAGUACCUAAUGUAGCGUCCAGUGAGUCGACAUGAACAAUAUCAUAAUUACCUAAUGUAGCGUCCAGUGAGUCUACAUGAACGAUAUCAUAAGGUGUACCUAAUGUAGCGUCCAGUGAGUCGACAUGAACGAUAUCAUAGGGUGUACCUAAUGUAGCGUCCAGUGAGUCUACAUGAACGAUAUCAUAGGGUGUACCUAAUGUAGCGUCCAGUGAGUCGACAUGAACGAUAUCAUAAGGUGUACCUAAUGUAGCGUCCAGCAUGUCGACAUGAACGAUAUCAUAAGGUGUACCUAAUGUAGCGUCCAGUGAGUCGACAUGAACGAUAUCAUAAGUUGUACCUAAUGUAGCAUCCAUGAGUCGACAUGAACGAUAUCAUAAGGUGUACCAAAUGUAGCGUCCAGUGAGUCGACAUCGAUAUCAUAAGUACCUAAUGUAGCGUCCAGUGAGUCUACAUGAACGAUAUCAUAAGGUGUACCUAAUGUAGCGUCCAGUGAGUCGACAUGAAUGUUAUCAUAAGGUGUACCUAAUGUAGCGUCCAGUGAGUCUACAUGAACGAUAUCAUAAGGUGUACCUAAUGUAGCAUCCAGUGAGUCCACAUGAACGAUAUUGUAAAACAAACGACUUUUAGUAUUUAUUGUGUAGACGCCAUGGACACCACACAAGUAGGGAUGGGUACCAAACUUGGUACUUUUAUGGGAACUGAUUUCUGUCGGUACUACUGGGUACCGAUUACUGUUGUUGGUAUCGGUACUGGUACCAAAAUGCAUUGUGAUACUUUUUGAUACUUUUCAAAAUAAAGAGGACGACAAAAAAUGUAUUUUAAAAUGAAAUCUUAUGAUACAUUAAACAUGUUUCUUAUUGCAAUCAAAGAACAAUUUAGUCCUUAAAUAAAAUAGUGAACAUACGAGACAACUUGUCUUUUAGUUGUAAGUAAACAGACAAAGGCUCCUAAUUAGUCUGCUGACGUAUGCAGUAACAUAUUAUGUCAUUUAUCAUUCUAUUUUUUUGUCAAAAUUAUGAGGGACAAGCUGUAAAAAUUUAUUAUUAAUCUACUUGUUCAUUUACUGUUAAUAUCUGCUUUCUAUCUGUUUUAACAUAAUCUAUCUACACUUCUGUUAAAAUGUAAUAAUCACUUAUUCUUCCGUUGUUUAGAUACUUAACAUUAGUUUUGGAUGAUACCACACAUUUAGGUAUUGAGCCGAUACCGAUUAAUUACAGGAUCAAACAUUGGUCAUAUUUAAAGUAUUUCGUAUUUUCUGGGUUUAUAAACAAUAAAAAAAAUAAAAAUUUUUUUGAUAAUGAAAAAUAUUGACGUAAUAAUUGUAGUAUCGACUGUAUACAGCUAUUGUACUUGAUAUCGUUACAGUCGAUGUACAAACCCCGUUUCCAUAUGAGUUGGGAAAUUGUGUUAGAUGUAAAUAUAAACGGAAUACAAUGAUUUGCAAAUCAUUUUCAACCCAUAUUCAGUUGAAUAUGCUACAAAGACAACAUAUUUGAUGUUCAAACUGAUAAACAGUUGUUUUUUUUGCAAAUAAUCAUUAACUUUAGAAUUUGAUGCCAGCAACACGUGACAAAGAAGUUGGGAAAGGUGGCAAUAAAUACUGAUAAAGUUGAGGAAUGCUAAUCAAACACUUAUUUGGAACAUCCCACAGGUGAACAGGCUAAUUGGGAACAGGUGGGUGCCAUGAUUGGGUAUAAAAGUAGAUUCCAUGAAAUGCUCAGUCAUUCACAAACAAGGAUGGGGCAAAGGUCACCACUUUGUCAACAAAUGCGUGAGCAAAUUGUUGAACAGUUUAAGAAAAACCUUUUUCAACCAGCUAUUGCAAGGAAUUUAGGGAUUUCACCAUCUACGGUCCAUAAUAUCAUCAAAGGGUUCAGAGAAUCUGGAGAAAUCACUGCACGUAAGCAGCUAAGCCCGUGACCUUCGAUCCCCCAGGCUGUACUGCAUCAACAAGCGACAUCAGUGUGUAAAGGAUAUCACCACAUGGACUCAGGAACACUUCAGAAACCCACUGUCAGUAACUACAGUUGGUUGCUACAUCUGUAAGUGCAAGUUAAAACCCUCCUAUGCAAGGCGAAAACCGUUUAUCAACAACACCCAGAAACGCCGUAGGCUUCGCUGGGCCUGAGCUCAUCUAAGAUGGACUGAUACAAAGUGGAAAAGUGUUCUGUGGUCUGACGAGUCCACAUUUCAAAUUGUUUUUGGAAACUGUGGACGUCGUGUCCUUCGGACCAAAGAGGAAAAGAAACAUCCGGAUUGUUAUAGGCGCAAAGUUGAAAAGCCAGCAUCUGUGAUGGUAUGGGGGUGUAUUAAUGCCCAAGACAUGGGUAACUUACAAAUCUGUGAAGGCACCAUUAAUGCUGAAAGGUACAUACAGGUUUUGGAGCAACAUAUGUUGCCAUCCAAGCAACGUUACCAUGGACGCCCCUGCUUAUUUCAGCAAGACAAUGCCAAGCCACGUGUUACAUCAACGUGGCUUCAUAGUAAAAGAGUGCGGGUACUAGACUGGCCUGCCUGUAGUCCAGACAUGUCUCCCAUUGAAAAUGUGUGGCACAUUAUGAAGCCUAAAAUACCACAACGGAGACCCCCGGACUGUUGAACAACUUAAGCUGUACAUCAAGCAAGAAUGGGAAAGAAUUCCACCUGAGAAGCUUAAAAAAUGUGUCUCCUCAGUUCCCAAACGUUUACUGAGUGUUGUUAAAAGGAAAGGCCAUGUAACAUAGUGGUGAACAUGCCCUUUCCCAACUACUUUGGCACGUGUUGCAGCCUUAUCAGGGCUGAUUAGUGGAAUUUCUUGCUUUAUCAAUGGGGUUGGGACCAUCAGUUGUGUUGUGAAUGAGAAGGUGUCACCAAACGUUUGGCCUGUUCUGUAUAUGUUACUCAAAAAGAUUCAUUAUGUAUUCUUAUAUAUAUGUUUAUUAAUUUGUGAUGU